CUUUUCUGUGCAUUUUUAAAGACAAAUUAUUAAAGUUAUUAAUAUAACAUUUUUUAAAACCGUCUGAUAACUAAAAGAUUUUUUUCAAAAUGUCGCAAAAAGCACGAGCCACAUCCUUAGAAAAUAUCUUUGUGAGUGACACUCAUCGAAUAAUUUACACGGAAAUUUCUUAUCUAAAACGCCGCAUUCACCUGGUCGAAGGAGAACGAAAAGCAAACUACGAGUCCAAUGAAGAGACGUUAAAGAAGAACGAGACCAAUUUAAAGGAGAUAAAAGAAAAAAAUGUUCAGUUGAAGAGUGAAAGAAAGACGAUGAUCCAGUCCAAGGAGAUUUUUGUAAAGGAAAUCUCUGCCAGAUUGGGAGGAGAGAAGAAAGCGUAUGAAUUCAAAAACAAAAAGUUUGCAGAGGUCGUAGACAUUUUAGAAUGCAAAAUUGGAACGUUGCGAAACAAGCAAAACUAUUUGAAAUACUCGAAAGAACAACAAGUCGCUUUAAUGAGCAAAGUGGCCGAGGAGGAGGAACAAUUGCAUAAGAUGAUGGAAGGCAAUUUAAGACCAAAACGGACCAGUUCUAAUAAUAAAACUGUUCCACCAGCAGUUAAAAAAAGACUGGAUGGGAUAAAACAUACCGAGACGUCCACGGCCGCAAUGAUGAUGAAAAUUACAGAGGCAGACAACAUUCGAUCCCGUUACAAAAACAUGAUCACUCUUUUAAAAGAAGAAAACGUUUCUCUGAACAUGCAAGUUUCAGAAAAUGAUAAGAAGUUGGCCUCUGACGUUGCAGAAAUUGAACGGAUUCGACAAGUGCUAGCUGAUUCGUUGAAAGCGAAGAAGGUGGCGAAGACAAGAUUGACCGAGAUUGAGGAAACGACAAUUAAAGCUUAUUCUGAACGAGAACAACACCUCCACGAGGCACGCCUUCAGCUAAAAACUAUUCGAGAAAAAAUGGAGCAAAUUGGAGCAAAGUUAUCUUUCCCAAAAUUCCAUAUGAUUCAUCGCGACUCUUCAGUUGCGGAUGGUGGAGGCCUCUACGUCGGCUACCAAUCUGCAGAUGAUAAGCGAGAAGGAAAAGGUCAGUCCAUCGUGGAGACCGUUUACGCCGAAUUGGCAGCAAUGAUUGGCGAAUCUGAUCCAUCUCUCAUUGUCACGAGGUUUGAGGAACAAAGAAACCAUGCGAAAGAGCUCCUCGUGCAAGAAGAAAACGUAAAAUCAGUCGUUCGGAAGGCGAAACUCCGGAAACGCUUCCUCGACGACAAACUGAGCCAACUCCAAUUUAGCGGAGGCCUCAAGAGGGAAAAGCUGAAUACUCGAACCUCUAAAAUCAACAAGGAGAUGUCGUCAAUUUCUAUGCAAAGGGACAAGCUCAAUAGUUGGCGUGAAGAUCACAUCCUCGUCAUGGAACAAAUGCUUGCAAAACUUAACGAAAUCUGCACAAUAAAUGAAUUCAAAGUCCCAGCUCAUUCUGUGAGCAGUGAAAUUCCGGCAGAAAAUGUAGUAAGCUUACUCAAACUGGUACUUAAACAAUUGGAAAGAUUAUUGGGGAGUGGGUUUGAAUUUGGGUCGUCGUCAUUUUCAUUUUCUCCUAUGCCCCCAACUACCCCGACGACACUCGCUCAAAAAUAUGGAAACAAUGACGACCUCAAUACCAGUUCGGAAGGUGGUGGUGGCCUGAUCCCAUUCGAAAUUGCAGCCGAAGGGCCGUCGAUUUUCAACUUGCCUUCACCCGUGGGUUCCACGACCAGUUUCCGACUUGGAGGUUCCAUCUCGGACCUGGACGUAGGAAUAGGCGGGGGUCAUGCACUUGGAGACAUGUCGACAGGGUCCGCAUCCGAUAUUCUGGCCUCGUUUCGAGAUCGCGCCCCUUCCAUUCUAGUUCAUGACCAUGACCGAAUUAGUGGUGGGUUGCAUGUGGGAGGCGGAGGAGAGUCCUCACAAAGAGAGGACAGUGCAGGGGGCAUGAAGGGAGGAAAAGGGAGGGGGAGAAAGGACUCCAGUGAAGAAGAGGAGGCUGUGACACGAAAUUUUGUGAAACGCCAGUCUCAAAUUCUGUACGAGGCGAAGACCAGAAAAGGACGGUUUACUCCGGGGGGUGGGUCUGCUGGUGGUGGAGGAGCGAUCUCUAGGAGCUAA